UUUCCUCGUAUGUGCCGCCUCCCCCACAAAAGCCCAGAUCCUCUCUUUUAAACCUUAUAAAAGGAGAUUACCUUCCACAGCCUCUUCAUCCAUCAAGCCUACAACCACCUUCGUCUCAUUCCUUAAGUCGUCCUUACAACCAGGUUUGUGCUUAAUUUAUUGUUUCUCUAAUCACCUUUUCUUAUCUCCCACCACCAUGUCUGAGGAGAAGCACCACCACAGCCACCACUUACACCACAAGGAGAAAAAACCCGCCGGAGAAAUGACCAAACAAGACUAUGAGAAAGAAGUGAAACACCACAAACACUUAGAACAAGUCGCCAAGUUAGGUACUGUAGCCGCUGUUACUGUCUCUCGGCAUGAGAAGCAUAAGGCCAAGAAAGACCCAGAGAAUGCUCACACUCACACAAUCAAAGAGGAGAUUGCAGCAACAGCUGCAGUGGCUAGUGUUGGAUUUGCAAUCCAUGAGCACCAUCAGAAAAAAGAUGCUAAAAAGGAAAAAGAAGCAUCUUUUGGGAAGAAACACCAUCCCUUUUGAAAGUGAUCAUUUGUGUAGUUCUUCUCCCCACCCACACCCCAGUUUAUCUCCUUUUUUCUGUUUGUAUGUAUUUGUUCUAAGAUGUGGGAAAUGAGAUGUAUCUAGUAGUUAAAACAGAGGCUCACCCAUCAAUUUGAUUGAUGGUUCUCUCUUUGUGGCCUUAGUAAUAAAUUUAUUUUAACUA